AUUCCCAAGUCUGUUUAUUUUUAUUGCAAAACGAAUUUAAAAACAAGUAGUCGGUAGGCAGCAAAGCGUCGGGUGCUGCUUGGUGCUCUUAUAAACAAUUCGCACUUAAUGCCGAUAAUUAGUUGUUAUCACCGAUGCUUGUUUGCUACACACAAAAGCAGCAGCAGUAGCAAUAAUUUUUAUUGAACUUCGACUCCUCAGAACUCGAACUUUGUCAUUUCUCUUCACACACGCUCGCAUACACGCACACACACAUGCAGUUGCCAGCGUCAGUGGAUGUGAAUCAAUAACAAAACCCCAACAACAACGACGACAACAACACAGCCCGAGAAACUUACAGCGUCAUUUUUGGGUGUCUGCACUUGCACAAGAUAAUUAGUUAUUGCAAGCAAUGGCUGGCAUUGAGGAGCGUUUCCAGGCGGCUGUCAACGUGAUCAAGGGACUGCCCAAGAAUGGUCCCUAUCAGCCCAGCAUGAGCAUGAUGCUCAAGUUCUAUGGGCUCUUCAAGCAGGCGUCGGAGGGCAAUUGCUCACCAAAGAAGCCGCCCUUCUGGGAUGUAGUUGGGCGUGCCAAAUGGGAUGCGUGGAAUAGCAAUCGAAAUUUGAGCAAGGAGCAGGCAAUGCAACGCUAUGUGGAAAGCCUGCAGGAAAUCAUUGAGACAAUGUCGUUUACGGAAAAUGUGCAAAACUUUGUCGGCAGCCUCGAAGGCCUGACCAAUAUAAAUUUGGAUGAACUGGAGCUGAUAUCGCCGGGUAUGCGUGAGCUGGCCGAAUCGCAUCCCAAUUCCCCGUUCCAUUCGCGCACAAACAGUCCACAGCAUGGCAGCAGCUCCAAUGGAGUUGGAGUUGGAGUGGUAGAUGCGCCCAUCGUUGCAGCGUCAACGGAGACCCUAACCAAUGGCCACAUGACGCCGCUGACCAAUGGAUACACGAGCAAAACAAGCAACGGCUACGCAGCACAUGACACGAGCAGUAACAACAAUUACACAAACAACAGCAGCGUGGCCAUUGUGGAGCCCUCCGAUGACGAGUACGAUGAUCCCUACGAAACGAUGCUGCCCCAGGAGCUCACAGAAGCGAUUACACACAAUACGGAUCUGCUGCGACAAAUACAGAACACUGUGGCCAGCAUGAACACCGAUAUGGCUGCAGUGCAGCAGCGGGUGCGCUGCAUGGAGCAGUCUCUGCUGGAACUGCGCAAUGCACAAAAGACGCAGGCAGCAGCUGGGCGAAAGCAGCCAGCCUGGUGGCUGUUCAAGGAUAUAUCGCCAUUAUGGUUUGCAGUUCUGGUGCUAUGGCCUUUCUUGGUGCGACGCCUGGCGCGGAUGGUGGAGAGCAGACGCCGCUGACGGCGCAAGGCAUUAGAUUAGCUUAAUCGGUAUGGUAGUUAAAUUAUACUCACGGUUAUGGGGACGAGCUUUGUCUGGCUUGCUUUUAUUCUCGAACGCGUUACACUUCUUGUACAGAGUUGGCCUUGUAUUUAGUUUCUUAAGAUUAUCCAGUUGCAAUAUGUAUAUUUUAUACGUAGAAUGUGUGUAUAUGUAUUUUUUAUGUUAGUAACAAACGAGCACACAUAAGCUAUUAGUUGCACAUUCCCCUCCCCGAUCAACAUAUUUAGUUCGUAAGACGAAGGUUUUGUGCAUUUUGCCCAGGCUGGGCGCGCUUUUGCUUUGACCCACAGCGUUGCCUCUUCACCAAGAGACUGGGGCAAAUGGUUGUAAAACAAUUUGAUUUGUGUUAAUUAUAAUUUUGUAAUAAAGUCAUGUAAAAUGCAGAA